CGGUGAGGUGGUAGUAGAUAGACUGGGAGAACAUUGUAAUAGUAGCUAUAUGGGCGUUGAAGAAACCGGAAUCAGCCAGGAUAUCCUAAAACUUUAUAUCCCAUCCAAAAACCUAUCAAAACCGAAGGCAUUGCGGUUGUAUAAUAAACUUACUAUAGUAAAACUACAAUUUUAGUCUCCUUAUUUUAGCAAAUGCUCCACAACGCCAUCUAACACCUAUGAUUUUCACUACAGAAUCAUCUAAUUAUAUAUUCAUUGCAUACCCUGACAGGAUUGCUGUAGUACAUCGAGGAACUUUAUAUAUUGACAAUACCAGAAAAAUUACAAUUAAUGGGGGUUAUAAUAAUUUUGAAAUUUAUGGAAAUAACUUGAAGCUUAGCGAUCAAUUUUUUGGCUUUGUUGUUGAGAAUAGUAGAUCAUUUAAAUUUAUUAUUUAUGGUUCAGCUAAUAAAGUUAGCAGAAAAGAUGUCAGUAGUUUCAAUUUUAAAUUCGAUCAGUCACCACCCUCCUCACAGCUAAAUGAUGUAAUAAUUAAUGGAAAUUCUAAUAAAUUUGAGGUAAUUAUUUUUUAUUUUAAUAAGAGAUCUCAUUAUUAG